GGGGACAUCCGAGGCGUUGUCGGGGAUAAACCAAACGCACGCUCGGGCGACGGAACGCUGAGCUCGCGCUAAUCCGCAUUUCAGGGCACGCGCUGGAGAAGAUCAAAUAAACAAAAGCGUUAUUUCAGAAAUCUGACACCACCAUGACUGCAGAGGAGAUUAUAAACAUUAAAGAAGCUGAGAUCAUCAAGCUGAUCUUGGACUUUCUCAACUCCAGAAAGCUUCACAUAAGCAUGCUUGCUCUAGAAAAGGAGAGCGGAGUCAUCAAUGGUCUUUACUCAGAUGAUAUGCUUUUUCUGAGGCAACUUACAUUAGACGGGCAAUGGGAGGAAGUUUUGCAGUUCAUUCAGCCAUUGGAGUGCCUGGAUAAAUUUGACAGAAAGAGGUUUCGAUAUAUAAUCCUAAAACAAAAAUUUCUGGAAGCUCUCUGUGUAAACAAUGCCAUGUCUGCAUCAGAUGACCCUGAGAAUCUUGAGCUUUCCAUGCAAGAAGCUGUCAAAUCCCUCCAUGCACUGGAAGAAUUCUGCCCAACCAAAGAAGACUACAGCAAACUUUGCUUGCUUCUGACCCUCCCCCGCCUCACCAACCAUGCUGAAUUCAAAGACUGGAACCCCAGUACUGCCCGCGUCCACUGCUUUGAGGAGGCCUGCUCCAUGGUGGCUGAAUUUAUCCCUGCGGACCGUAAACUGAGCGAAGCAGGCUUCAAAGCCAGCGGGGACCGUCUCUUCCAGCUCUUAAUUAAGGGAAUACUGUACGAGUGCUGCGUCGAGUUUUGCCAGAGCAAGGCGACUGGAGAGGAGAUCAAUGAAGAGGAAGUUCUUCUAGCUGUGGAUGUUCUUUGUGGUAAUGGUUGUGAGGAACUGGACUUGAGUUUGCUCUCAUGGCUUCAGAACCUCUCAUCAUCCGUCUUUGCCUGUGCAUUUGAGCAGAAGACCUUGAACAUCCACGUGGACCGCGUCGUCAAACCCACCCGGACAGGUCACGCAGACCUUCUCACCCCUCUCCUCACCAAACUUUCACCCUGCCCGGCUUCGCCCCUGAGCCGACCCCAAUCGGCAGAUACGUACAUGUCACGGUCUCUCAAUCCCGCCCUGGACGGAUUGUCACACGGCUUGGCAGGAAGAGAAAAGAAAAUCUUGGAAGCUGAUGGAAAAACAACAGCCAUGUCGCAGUCUUUCGCUAACUUUGGGUAUCCUUCUGGGUCAAAUUCAAGCCGAAAUGCUCUGGAGGGCAGUGUCUUUACUGAAUCUCCAGACAGAGCACAAACAAAGGUAGAGAAGAUAAGCGGCUCGGGAACCAACUCUCUGCAUCCUCCUCUGACUCCUGGGAAGGAUGGUGGCAACAUGGCUGCAGGUGAAAAGUCUGAGGAGCAGAUUCAGGAGUUCCAGCGUCAGCGGUUGCGGGUGCAGCAGCAUCUCGAGCAGAAGCAGCAGCAGAGGCAGCUGUAUCAUCAGAUGCUGGUGGAAGGUGGAGUUCAUCCUCCAAACCAGCCAUCAGACGCUGCACAACACAACCUCACACAGAAGUUUCUGAACAGGUCUAUUCAGAAACUGGAGGAACUGAAUGUGGCAGUGGGCAUGGAAGAUCUUGGAGAAGAUGUUCAGGCUUUGGUCCAGCAGUGUAAUGGAAUGACAGCCCCCACGGCCAGUAAACAAACACCUGAUGUCGGAUUAGGCCGGAACAAGGCUUCGGUGGUCAGCAGCACCCCUCAAAAGGGAGGAGGCCGGGGCAUUCCUUCACUGGACGAGUCCCCUGUGUUGGUCAGCCAGAGUGUGUUUCAGGACGAGAAACUAAAAUCCCCAUUCAUCGCAGUACAGACGCUGGAGGACACACAGGCUUUGCGAGCAGUUGCCUUCCACCCUUCUGGGGCCCUCUACGCAGUGGGAUCAAACUCCAAAACACUGCGUGUCUGCACCUACCCACAAUCCCUCAAAGCUAGUGCUCAAAGUCCAGUAAGGCAGCCUGACAUCUGCUUUAAACGUAUUAAGCACCAUAAAGGCUCCAUCUACUGUGUUGCCUGGAGUCCCUGUGGGCAGCUGCUUGCCACGGGCUCCAAUGACAAGUAUGUCAAAGUUCUUCCUUUCAACGCAGACACCUGCAACGCCACAGGGCCAGAUCUAGAGUUCAGCAUGCAUGAUGGCACUAUCAGAGACCUGGCGUUUAUGGAGGGCCCAGAGAGUGGAGGCGCCAUUCUCAUUAGUGCUGGGGCUGGAGACUGCAACAUCUACACGACCGACUGCCAGAGAGGACAAGGCCUUCACGCUCUCAGCGGCCAUGCAGGACACAUACUGUCUCUGUACACCUGGGAUGGGUGGAUGAUAGCAUCUGGUUCUCAGGAUAAAACAGUGAGGUUCUGGGAUCUACGUGUGCCCAGCUGUGUGAAAGUGGUCGGGACAGCUCUGCAUGGAACAGGAAGUGCAGUGGCCUCGGUGGCAGUGGAUCCCAGUGGGCGGCUCAUGGCCACCGGAUUGGAGGACUGUCGCUGCAUGCUUUAUGACAUCAGAGGUGGUCGAACCGUCCAGGCGUACAGCCCACACACCAGUGACGUUCGCUCUGUCCGCUUUUCUCCUGGUGCGCACUAUCUGCUCACUGGUUCCUAUGACAACAAAGUCAUGAUCACUGAUCUUCAAGGGGAUCUCACCAAAACUCUGCCAGUUACUGUAGUUGCUGAACACGGUGAUAAAGUGAUCCAAUGCCGGUGGCACACCAGAGACCUCUCCUUUCUGUCCUCCUCAGCUGAUAAGACUGUCACACUAUGGGCGUACCAGCCUUAACCUACACCAGUCUGCAGACAAAAGAAAAGAAAUAGCACAGAACAACUUAUCCUUCGGGACUAAAAAAAAGACACAUUAAAUACUGAAGAAAAAAAAUGACUGGAUAUUGAAAUGUUCAAUUCUUAAACCUAGUCACGAGUCAACAUUUGGAAACGCAUGUCCACUGAAGAAGCAGCUAUAUAAACAUCUCCGAAAAAUACCAAAAUAGCUGACUUUCACAUAAACACGUAGCGUUGAUUCUGUGUUUUGCUGUUAUAAAUUCUUGUUGAAUGACAAAUGUGAGAAAAUGUGAGCUAAAUUGUGCCUUGGAGUUAUUUUCUUUGUAGUUACACUUAUUAAAUUGAAUGUCUUGUAAAUAUGAGCUUGAUGAACUGAUCAAGGCAUAGUUACAGAUGUAUAGCACAUUGCACUAUGGACAUUAUUGUUCAGUAGAUUUUGUCUACUCAGUAGAUGAAGUCACGUCAUGAUAUCAUAGCACUUGCGGAUGUCUUCAUGCAGCAUGAAUAUUCAUCUCAUUAUUUAAAUGUAAAUAAACCAACAUUGUAAAUAUUGAGGAAUAAUGUUUUGAGAAAGUCAUCCUCAUUAGGGUGUUGCAUACAUUUGUUUUAGGAAUGAUUUUAUUUUAGAUUGUCAUUUUCCUUGUGCAUAUUUUUAUGCAUAAUAUGCAUCACUUUUGCACAAAUCAGCACCUUUCCUGUUGAGCCAGAUUAAAAAGGAUAGUACUCGCUCAAUCAUCUGUUGUACAAAGUAUGUUUAUUGUCGAUUCAUGUGAACAUGGAAAUAAACAUUC